CGAGAAGUGCGCCUUGGUAUAUAUUCCUCAAUCGAGUCUGCCAGUCCUCGCACUUUCUUGUGUCUGUUGGUGUGGUGUGAAAGUAACUGAGACUGAAGAUGGCUGCAGGCAAAGCACAAAUUGGAAAGCUGGCCCCGGACUUCACAGCUAAGGCGGUGAUGACGGACGGACAGUUCAACGACCUGAAGCUUUCAGACUACAGAGGGAAAUAUGUCGUCUUUUUCUUCUACCCACUGGACUUCACCUUUGUUUGUCCAACUGAGAUCAUCGCUUUCAGUGAUGCUGCCGACGACUUCAGGAAGAUCGGCUGUGAGGUCAUAGGCGCCUCUGUUGACUCACACUUCUCCCAUUUUGCCUGGAUCAACACACCACGAAAGCAGGGCGGUCUGGGUCCCAUGAAGAUUCCCCUGGUGUCAGACACACGGCGCACCAUCUCCACAGAUUAUGGCGUCCUAAAGGAAGAUGAGGGCAUUGCCUACAGAGGUCUGUUCAUCAUUGACGACAAGGGCGUCCUGAGACAGAUCACCAUCAACGACCUCCCAGUUGGACGCUCUGUUGAAGAGACCAUGCGUUUGGUCCAAGCCUUUCAGUUCACUGACAAACACGGAGAAGUCUGCCCAGCCGGCUGGAAACCAGGAAGUGACACCAUCAAACCCGACGUCCAGAAGAGCAAAGACUUCUUCUCCAAGCAGUAAUAAGCCCAGAGUCUGCAGCCUGCUGUAGGAGAUUUCAUCGAGAGAUUAACAUUUCCAGAGAACAAUAUUUAAGUCAGCCGUUGUGCCUGUGGAGGAGUAGUUAGGAACCAGUUUUUGUUGUCAACAUGCUGUGUGUGUUCAGUCGUCUGUAGAGUGAAUAGUGCACUAAUGACCAAAGUAUAUCAUUGUGUAAUUAUGUUGUGGUAAUCAAUGCUAUUUUCACUGUCAGGCUGAGCUAAAUGUCUGUUUGUUCUUCCAUGUCAUUCCUUACUAUUGUUAACUGCAAUAAAACAACCUGUUUUAUUGGAAUGAAGCCACAAGUCCAUUUUUAAA